CACAGGACAUCUUAAAGCUAUUACAGAUUGCAAACCUGACGAACACCAAAGACUAUUGGGUAAUAAUCAGCUACCAGACACUUCCUGCAUCCAGUUGGCAUCUGUAAUAAGGAAUAACCAGUCCCUGAAGAUACUGGACCUGUCUGAUAACCGUCUGUCUGGUCCUCACUUCGGUGACUUGAUGGCGGCUCUGUCCAGUCCGGCCUGCAGGAUAGAGACAUUACAAUUGGGCGGUAAUGGUCUACGAGAUACUUCCUGCAUCCAGUUGGCAUCUGUAAUAAGGAAUAACCAGUCCCUGAAGACACUGGACCUGUCUGCUAACCGUCUGUCUGGUCCUCACUUCAGUGACUUGAUGGCGGCUCUGUCCAGUCCGGCCUGCAGGAUAGAGACAUUACAAUUGGGUAAUAAUGAUCUACGAGACACUUUCUGCAUCCAGUUGGCAUCUGUAAUAAGGAAUAACCAGUCCCUGAAGAUACUGGACCUGUAUGGUAACCGUCUGUCUGGUCCUCACUUCAGUGACUUGACGGAGGCUCUGUCCAGUCCGGCCGGCAGGAUAGAGACAUUAGAUCUGAAUAUCAAUGGAUUAUCUGAAGAGGAGAAGGAGGAAGCCAUAAGAAAACUGAGCAAGCAGAAACCAAAUAUGGGGAUCAUUUACUAAACUGAGAAGAAGCCGGAUUCCUCUCUGUGAUGAGCAGAUAACAGGACUUUGGUGGAGAAGACUUCUUCAGAAGUCUGGUAUUAGGAGUGUCUCCUGGUGCUUUAUGGGUAAUAUCACUGAUCUACAGAAGAUAAGGAAAUGUCUAAUAUUAUAAUAAACAUGAUACCAGAAA